AUGAAUGACAUUGAUGCUGAAGUAGUAGCUGCAGCAUGCUGUGGCGCAAUGGACAUGAAGACAGAUUGUUUAUGUUAUGAUUGCAAGUUGGUAUUAUGUAAAUCAUGUUUGGAAAGAGAUCAUGUUGGCCACAAGACAGACAAUGUGGAGAUUAUUAGAGAGAGUCUGUCGAAUAAGGAGACCAAAGUAUUCGAACGAAUGGAUCUGUGGUGCAUGCCAAGAUUGAACCAUCUGUGGCGCACUCUGAAGCAAUGUGUCACGUCACAUCAAUCGUUGCAGCAUACGCACUCGGAUCUAACGCAACACUUUGAACAUCUGAUCAAGGUUAUCAUCACACAAGAGCACAAGAUCAAGACACCCAUCACCGAUCAGUUGUCACGCGUUCAAACAACCAUCAAAGACAUCUUGAACGAGAUACGAGACAUCAAUCAAAUUGUCAACAUGGAGGGUGCCUCCGUGGACGGUGGCCGUGGCGACGACCCCUACGACGACAUGUCUGAACUGAUCGAAUCGAUUGCAUCAUGUGACUCAAUCGAGCAGUUCAUCAACAGUACACAUAAGAUUGAUGAUCAAUCAUCAGAGAAAGAAGGACUUAGUGAUAAUGAACUGCUGAAUAUGAUCGCAGCUCAUAUCAAACACAUGCGACUUGUUCGAUACGGUGCGGCAUCCAGACCUCAAGAGUAUCGUGUCGACACUGAUGUCGCCAAGCUGGACGGCAUAAGGAAACAGAUUGAAUCAUGCUUCAAACUAAUAACAACAUCAUCAAGACGAUCCGAUGGCGAAGACGCUCAAACAAAAUCAAACAUUCUGUCGAUAAAGGGCAGAGAGUGCUCGAUGUACUCAUUGGCAACGACCAAGUGGCAAUCGAUUGGCAAUGUGUUUGACCGAACGUUCAGUGGCGUGUACACCUCGGUCGUGCACGCUCGUGGCCAUGUCUAUGUGUUUGGCGGAUUGGACGCACCAACCACCUAUUCGCGCUACUCACUCGCAGACCAACUUUGUCAGCACACCACCAUCGCCGAUGUCAGUGGCGGCCAAUCGAUUUCUGCGUGCUACGAUGGCGACAGACUCAUCUACCUCGUGGGAGGCUCGAUCAACAACCGAUACUUGGAUCGCGUGGAUGUCUUUGACAUUGACACGCAAAGGUUCAGACAUGUUGGCCAACUACCGUACGGGCUCACAUUCCCUCAGACAUACUUCUACAAUGACACGAUCAUUGUAGUAUGUGGAGCCAUCACAGGUAUAUUGGAGCAUACUGACAUACUAUCAUUCAAUAUCUACACAAAGACUACUGCGGUGCUCUUCAAGGAUGUUCACCGCACCAACUUUGUGACGAGUUGCUUCGAUGAUGAUGACAACAUAUACGUGUUGUCCAAGACUUCGUUCAUGCGCUAUACACUCUCCACCAAACAAGUUAGCAAGCUCAUGAUGGGUCCGACCUAUUGCUACUUGUGUCGCAUUGAAUAUGACGACCUGUUUGGAAUCGUCUACGUUGGAGGUGGUGGCAACAACUAUCGCUACUCUCUCCAAGAUGACAAAUGGACUCGUAUCAAUGACAAUGAUCAUAUCCAAGAUCGUUCAUGGUAUGGAGGU